UCUUCCUCUUCCACUCCUUUCCACAUUACUUUCCUCAUUUUUUGCCCUCACCUCUCCCCAAUUUCCAUAUUUUUGUUGUGUUAUUCAUCUACAAGUCUUCUUUCCUAUUCCUUUCAUACAACUACUAUAUCUUACUUCCCUUCCUAAAACCCUUAACCUCACUCUAUCCAUUCCCUUAAAUUCCUACCUUCUCACUGUCCUAUUUCUCAUUCCUAUACAAUUUUCGUCCUUGCCUGCUCCCCUUCCUCCCCUUUCCAAUUAUCUUUCCCUUCCACACGCCAUCUUGCCCCCUCCAUCACCUAGCUCCCGCUCACUUCGUUCCCCGGCAUCCCUCUCCCUGUCUAUUUUCUUGGCAUCAAUCACUUUCCCUCCCUCUCUCUAUAGCCCACUCUCUUCUACUCCCACCUCGUUCUCAGUCACAUUGUCACUUUACUCCCUACAACUCCCGCCACUCCCCUCCUCCUCCCUCAGACCCCCCUUCCUCCCUCUUUUCGUACCAUGUUUGCCUUCCAGUUAGCAUCGACAUUACCGCCCGUCAACAUGUGCCCACGGGGAUCGAAGCAGCGCCUAGGUUUAUGUUUCUCGUUCUUUCUUUGCUUUCUUCAGUUCCAGCGUCUCCCUGCCGCCAUCAUGUUUGAGAAGAUGGAGGUGCCUAGCAAAGUGGUCACGAACUGCCACUUGACCAACGUGCCCCAGCCCUUCGGCUCGACCCCGUCCUCCUUCAUCUGUGCCCAUCAUUGCCUCUCGAACACUGCCUGCACGGCCUUCUGCAUCUUAGACAGCAGUUGUGUUUUGGUGAACGCUUUGGCCGUGCCCAGCGGGUCCAGGACACUCCAGCAGGCAUCCAACGGCUCCUGCUUCGCGCCCUUCCUCCCAUCACGGCCCACUGGCGAAGACCUGGCGAGGGGCAAGUCAGUGAGGGUCAACGGCAAAUGGGACGCAAAGUACGCCGAUGGCUCCACCGUGGUGAGUGGGUCCAGGUGCGAGGUCACCAAAUACGACUGUUUCUGCUCAGCGCUUAGCCUCACAUCCUACCUCAUUGUGGAUUUAGGCAACACGAUGCCAGUCACAACCAUCGUCGUCAAGGUCUCUGAACACUUUCCCAGCUACUUCGAGGGGGUAAAGAUCAGGGUUGGUGACAUGGGCAGCAAGGAAGACACACUCAUGAUGACCUACGAAGGGUCUCCUCAGGCCGGAGAGGAGCUGCUCCUCGGGGGAACCACCACACUGAGAGGGCGCUAUGUGUCGCUCUACAGGAGUGACUACAGUAUGUGUCUCUGCCUCCUUCAGGUCUACAAAGCAUAGCACUCCUG